CCUCCUUUCUUCGUUUUGUUUGGCUAACUUUACCGCUAUUAGUUUCACUUAUAUUUUUCUUUAUUUAUAUGCCAGUGCUUCCAAAUUGUGGACUGUAUUUGAAAUAAAUUCGUGCAUUUCACUUGGAGAAAUUAUAUAUGGGUAGGGUGGAGUGAGUAUGACCCCAGGGGAAGAGGUGGAGCUUUCAAAUUAUUAAUGGUUUUUAGUGCUUAGAGUUGGACUGGUCUUGGUCCAAUUCCCAGAGCAAAUAGUGAAAACUGCGUCAGAAGAGAGAGCAAACCUGCAUUGCAUACAUCAAUAUUUGGUUUUAUUCAUUCAGAGAGGCAUUUCUCCUUCAUUUCCACCAAGGUCACACAGACAGUGUCUUUGGUUCCUCUCCCAAUGCCUUUUUUUUCUCUGUAUUCAUUCUGACCAAACAUUGGAUUCUGUGACAGAGAGAAAAUUAUAAAGUAUACUAAUGCAUAAAAUUUGCUUUUACUAAUUUCAAAUAUGCAAUCUUACGACACAUAAAACAAAAAGAAUGGCUAAGCCCAAGAUAAAGGGAUUAAACUAAGCACAUAGAAUAUUACACCACAUACACUCUGCACCUUCUUUUGAAGCAAUUUUGGUAAUAUUUUAUGUUCAAAACCUCACAGAUCCAACCCAUAUCACUAGAUUCCCCAUCUGUAAAGCUAGUUCAUGGGAGAGAGAAAUAUGGAGAUUGUAUCCCUAGGGUAGCAGACUCAAAGCAAAUUAUGUUUCCUUUCUUAGCUUUAACGAACUAAAUCAAGGUAAAGUAAACAAACCAGUUUCUCUUGCACCCUGAGAGAUUUAGUCUCAUGAUGGUUUUCUACAUGGAUCAAAUUAGGUAAAGGCUUUCUUGUUUCCAAUGUAAGACGUACACCCUUUUAGCUAUUCAAGUUCCUCCACAGUGAAAGCGAGAGUCAGGUUCUAAGUUCUGACUUAGGGAGGCCCACAGUUAGAAGAUGAAGAUAUGACUUUCACAUGUAGAUUUCUUUCUGCUUUCAGAAGUCUUACUGUUACAUUCAUCUGCUUCUUCAAGGAGAGUGUUCCCAUCCCAACCACAAAUUAUUUGCAACUGAUUACACUCCAUACCAAGUAUCCAGAAACAAGAUCAGUCUUUUUUCGCCUGAUUCCAAUCCGGCAAGUAUGGUUCUACUGAAUUGAAAACUACUGAAAUAUAGCAUUUUGUUACCUCCUUGGUUCCUCAAAGCUUUUUCAGAGUGUUCAACUUCUAAGCUUUUGGAGACUCCUCAUUCAUCACUUUGAGAAUGAAUGAAGAGCAAUCUCCUAAAGAGAUCCCAACUGUUGAUACCCAGUCCCUUACCAUCAAGAUUGCAAAUUCGGGCGGUAAGAAGCUGGGUAAGGACAUUUUCUCCACUGUUGUUCCUUCAGGUCAGCAGAAAUUGGUAGCAGAUUCAGCCACAUCAUCACCAUAUAACUCUCCUUCACUCAUCUCUCCUCCAUCUUCUGCAUUUGUUUCAGCAUUGCAAUCACCUUACAUUUCUCCAAGGGCCACUUUAGUUACAAAUCCAAGUGCUCAAGAAAACCUCAUUGCUCCCACCAUUUUAGUUGCUAAUCCAAAACAAGAAACUCCUAUUGCUCCUACCUCAGUUGCCCACCCAUCCCCGCCAGUGUCAUACUGCGGUUCACAGUCCGAUGAUGUUCCCAGCACCUCCUACACUCCACCUCCAGAAAGAUAUGAUUUUUCUGAUGACCCCACCGACACAAAGCUCAAAAUUGUCACCUGUGUCCCUGUUUCAGGACCAGAGACCGAUCCCAGGAUAUCCUUUUCUUUUCCUGUCCCUCGAAUUUCUUUUGCCAAGGGCUCCAUUUCACCUGCAUCCAAUGCCAAACUUAGGAGCUGUGAUGUGUAUAUAGGAUUCCACGGUCAGAACCUAAAUUUAGCGCGCUUCUGCAAGUGGCUCAAGUCGGAACUCGAGCUUCAGGGUAUUGCUUGUUUUAUUGCUGAUAGAGCAAAGUAUGCAGAUAAUCAGAGCCAUGAGAUUGCUGACCGAGUUAUAUGCUCAGUAACCUUUGGCGUCGUAGUUGUCACCAGUUGUAGCUUCUUCAACCAUCUGAGCUUGGAGGAAAUAAGAUUCUUUGCGCAAAAGAAGAACUUGAUUCCUUUGUUCUUUAAUACGGAUGCCAAUGAAAUUGCAAGUCUAUUUAACCGAAAUGCUGAUGCCAAGAAAUGUAAAGAGGUACUGGAUGCAAUACUAAAGUGUCAUGAGUUUAAAUUGGAGACAAAUGAGAGUAAUUGGAGGUCCUGUGCGUCUAAAGCAGCUGGGAUAUUAAGGGCCAAACUUGGUAGGAAAAGUGUUGCAGAAAAAACAGCAGAAGGGUUUGAAGAGUUGCCCUUUCCGAGGAAUAAAAGUUUUGUGGGAAGAGAGAGAGAAAUUAUGGAGAUAGAGACUACUCUCUUCGGCUGUGGGGAUUCCUUUGAGCAAGAAAGUGUGGUCCCAAGUGUCAAAGGAGGAACACCAGGACAAUCUGAAGGUCUAGCUGAUGAUGAAAGUGAAGCUGAUGCUAGCAGAGGCAAAUAUAUAAAUCUAGAAAUAGGAAAGAACAAGGAAACCAAUAAAGAAGCUUGGGUGGAACCAAUUAUUGGAAGAAAUUCGCUGAAGAGACUCAAGUACAGAAAAUCAAGAAGCGGGAAGGACAAGAAUUUGGGGGCCAGUGUUGUGUGCAUAAAUGGCGCCCCUGGUGUUGGAAAGACUGACCUUGCUUUGGAAUUUGCUUACAGGUAUUCACAGAGAUACAAGAUGGUCUUGUGGGUAGGGGGUGAAGCUCGCUACUUUCGACAGAACAUAUUGAACUUAUCUCUAAAUUUGGGCCUGGAUGUGAGUGCAGAUGCAGAGAAGGAAAGAGGGAGGAUAAGGAGUUUCGAUGAGCAAGAAUUAGAAGCAUUCAAGAGAGUUAAACGGGAGAUAUUCCGUGACAUGCCAUAUUUACUAAUUAUAGAUAAUUUAGAGACUGAGAAGGAGUGGUGGGAAGGGAAGGAUCUUCAUGAUUUAAUACCAAGUAACACUGGUGGUACCCAUGUCAUUAUCACAACACAGCUCAACCAGGUAAUGAACGUUGAUCCCUUGCAGCUUCAGCCAUUGUCCACAUCCGAUGCCAUGAUAUUGAUAAGGGGAAGACGUAAAAAGGAGUAUCCAGCAGGAGAGGUGGAAUUCCUCCAAAAAUUUGAUGAGAAACUUGGGAGGUCGAGUUUUGGUCUUUGGGCGGUUGGUUCCUUGCUAUCAGAGCUUGCAAUUUUGCCGUCUGCUCUAUUCGAAGCUGUGAAUCAGGUUCCAGUUGAAGAAGCCACAACUUGCUCUAAUCUGUCCGUUCCACAUCAACAGUUCUGCAGAACAAAUCCAUUUCUAAUGAAAACACUGGUUUUCUGUACAGCCCUCUUGCAGCAAAGCAACGAUAGCAGGGACUCCCUUGCCUCAAGAAUGCUUCAGGUAGGAGCAUGGUUUGCUCCAGCACCCAUCUCGGUGAAUUUACUGGCAGCAGCUGCAAAGAAAAUUCUUGUAAAUAGAAACAGAUUCAAGAUGUGGACUAAGUGCAUGAAAGUUGCUCUAUGCUUCUACUCGGGGCAUUGCCUGACAAGCCAGACAUGGAAAAGUGAAGAGGAAGCAGCACUACUUCUAGUUAAACUGGGUUUGGCACGAAAAGCCAACAGGCAGCCUGGAUGCUGGAUCCAAUUCCAUCCCAUCACUCAGAUCUUCGCUAAAAGGAAAGAUGGAUUAGUUGCUGCCAAAGCCAAUGUUCAAGGUGCAAGGAAAAUUGGAAACCCGCUAGUAGAUUCUGACCAUCUCUGGUCAUGUGCUUUCCUUGUAUUUGGUUUCAAAUCCGAACCACCAGUCAUUCAGCUCAAGGCCAUAGACAUGGUUCUCUUCAUUAGAAAGACAGCUCUUCCAUUGGCAAUUAGUGCCUUCACAACAUUCUCAAGGUGCAACUCAGCCUUAGAACUCUUGAAGGUCUGCACAAAUGUGCUUGAAGAAGCAGAGAAGUCAUUUGUUUCUCAAAUACAAGACUGGUGCCACGGAUCUCUGUGCUGGAAAAAGAAGCUGCAAUCCAACCAAAGAGUGGACGAGUAUGUUUGGCAAGAGGUGACAUUAUUGAAAGCUACCCUGCUGGAAGCUAGAGCAAAGCUGUUACUAAGAGGAGGUCAUUUUGAUAGCGGAGAGGAUCUCUGCAGAACUUGCAUUAGCAUCCGAACCGUAAUGCUGGGUCAUAACCAUGCUCAAACUUUGGCUGCUCAACAAACAUUAGCUAAAUUAGUAAGGAUGAGAAGCAAAAUAUGAUCCCAAACUCUCCAGAAAGCCACACUUUUUGGUGGCUCAGUUUUGUUUAUCGUGACCGUGCAAUUCACUCUGUUAGUUUAUGUAACAUAGAAAUCAUCCAUUAUCAAGUAUUUUUCACCACAUCAGUUCAAGACUUAUUUCGUUUCAGCAAUUUACUGAUUUUGUCUAGAAAAUUUAAGCAAUGCCACACAAUCAACCUACAACAUUUGCAGUAUCCUUCUUGCCAGAUGGACAGAAUAGACAUGUCUAGUGUUUUUCUAGUUGGAUGAACCCAUGUCUCAUGGCAUUUGAUCACUCACUUACUACGCAUCAGUUCUGUCUCAUUAAGCAAUUAAAAAGAUUGUCAUUUUAGUUAUAUUCACAAUCCUGGAAGAAAAAAGGCAAAUCAGCCAUUAAAAAUAGGAUAUUGUAUUAUUUUCUCAAUCAACAAAAGUUCAUCUUAGGAGGAAAAAAAAGGCGACCGGAACAGAUAAAAAUGGACAAUGUUGCUCAUUGAGACAAUCUUCAAAAUAAAACACAAAACCAGUGGCAACAGAUUUUCCUGUAAACCUUAUAAAGAAAAACUCUGCAAAUUCAACAACAACAAACCCAGACCUUACCCCUAUCUCAAAGACACACACAGAAGAACCAAACAAUUUCUUAUGAACACAACUCUCAAGUCAAAAAUCAACUUUGAAAUCAACAAAAACACAAAAAAAUGUAAAUCAAUUAAUGUUGGUGAGUCAGUGAAAUUUGCGAGGGAAAAAUCAAGUUCUUCUUUCAGCAUUUGAAAUCAAGCCAGUCGAAACGGCGUCGUCCUCAUCCACAAACAGCCCUUCUGGAUUCCUCAAUAAGCCAUGGAUCACUGUCACCAAAAAUCCUACCGCUACACCAAUGAGCAAAGUAUUUAAAAUUCCUGUGAACCAAGCAGCAAUUGCAGAAACAAUUACGAGACCCGAAAUCACAGCUAGAUCGCUAAUUUGGUGCCCUAGAACAACCAUGGGAUCCUCCCGGAAGAACAGAAGAAUCAACCACAUUGCAAAAACCAAACCGGCGAAAAUCAACGAAAAAGGUGAGCCAAUAAGUGAAGCGGCUGAGCAAGCAGAGAUGACAAUGGCAUAGUUGACGGAGAAGUACUUGAAAUUCCGGCGAAUGCGAAUUGCAGCAUCGGAGAAGGAUGCCGGAAGAUCGACAGCGCUUGCUCCGGCGAGGAAUUCCGGCCACGGUCGACUACGAGAAAGAAAUGUAAAGAGAUUGUGAAUAGAUCGGUUAACGACGUCACCGCCGGAAAUUGGGAUGGUGGUGUAGGUUGCCGGGGCCGUGGCGGUCGCGGCGGUAGUUGUUGCAGAUGGCAUAUUUGUAAAUUGGGUUAAAAGUUUGACCAGGGUGUUUUGACCAAUACACAAUAACUUCUCAUGGGUGCACCUCGUGAUGUGUCAGUUUAAAGACGGAAAUUCCGUGAUUGAUAGUAGUAAAAUAAUCUUCUUUUCUUAUAGCAUUAUUAUUAUUAUUGUCCCCAAGAGCGGGUCAAUAAAAUAUGUUUGAAUAGUAUGUUGUAACGUUUUGACU